AUGAGAAACCACACAAACCAGAGAGGAGCUACAGAAUUUCUCUGUGACGAGAGGAACAGAGAAGAUGAAUUCUUCAGGGAUGUUCAUGAGUUAUUCCCUUCCUCCACCAAAAUUUCCUCACCUUUUGUUGCACAUUUAUCCCAGCAAGGAAACAGGAGAGCUAUAAAUCACCCUCCAGUGAAGAAUUCCAGCCAAUUCCACAACUACCUGGUGAAGAAAGAACAGAAGAAAGUUCUGAUCUUCCUGGAAACAACAGAGAUGAUUCUGCCAGUGGUGUUCCUGUGUUUCACAGCUGUGCUGCCUCCCUCCACUGGACAGGAAGCUGAAGCUCUCAGUGCUCUGUCAAGCAGCAGAGCAGAGCAGCAAAAGCUGAUUGUUGACAGACAUAAUGCCCUCAGGAGAGGAGUAAAACCAACUGCCAGCAACAUGAUGAAGAUGGAAUGGUGUCCUCCAGCUGCAGAGAAUGCCCAAAAUUGGGCCAAUCAAUGUACUUUAAGGCACAGUCCCCCUAAUCUGAGGAGAACCAAUGUACUUUGUGGUGAAAAUCUCUUCAUGUCCUCUGCCCCAUUCUCAUGGCCAGAUGUUCUUCAGGCCUGGUACAAUGAGAAGAAAAAUUUUGAAUAUGGAAUUGGGGCAAAAACAAAAGGUGCUAUGUUUGGCCAUUACACUCAGAUGGUUUGGCACAAUUCCUAUAAAAUUGGAUGUGGUUUUGCUUUCUGCAGUAACACUACGUACAGUUAUUUUUACGUCUGCCAGUACUGCCCCGCGCUGAAGUUCUUCCUAAACUUCUCCAGCAUGGAUUCCUUCCGUGCUUCCAUUCCUUCAGGAUCAGACAGCUGCAACAUGUGUCCUCCACAGGGUCACAAGUCCAGUCAGGAGCCUGAUCCAGGGAAACCUAAUAAGUUCAAUGAAGACACCCUACAAGGAAGGAGAGCCCUGCGGGGAUUGCCCCAAUGCUUGUGAGGAUGGAUUAUGCACCAACCCUUGAAAGUUUGAAGAUACUUUUUUCCAAGACUCCUGGCAAAGUGUCCAGGAUGUAACCAGAGCUUUGUCAAGGUCACUUCUCUGCUCUUGUCAAUUCAAAACUGAAAUAAAAUAACAGGCUCAAUUUUUACCUUCCUGGACAUCCAUCUCCUUAAUGAAUUCUUCCACAAACAUUGAUUUCAUCCUGCCUCUCUAACAUGUGCAGAAGGACUGACUUGAGUACAGUGACUCACACAAGAAAAAUCUGUAGGAUGAUGUAUAUAUUCUAUUUAUAUAAUGGCCCAGAAUAUGGUAGAAAUCUUAAUUUAAAUUUGUUGGUUGUUUGCCAGAUAUAUUUAAUUAUUAGCUUUUCUCAUCUUUCUUUUCCCAAAAUGUUAUCUAAUAAACAUUUUUUAAAGGUCUUUGGUUCCAUAUGUUUAUUAUGUUCUUGGCAUAGUGGAUAGUGCUUGGUCAUGUAACUACUUUUAACUUGAUUGAAAAUUUAAACUAUUGUACUGUUAACAGGACCACAAGAUAAACAGGAAUGCUUGAAAUAUGUAAUUCUUAAAAGAAAUUAGGAGGGCAGAGCAGUUUCCUCUAGAUCUAUUCUGGUUUAGAAUCUGUUGCUGGCAUAUGUUCUACUGUAAAAUGCUCAGUUGUGAAAAAACACAAAAAAUACCCCAAAGAAACAAACUAAAUGUAGUUAAUUUAAAUUAAGGCUCCUGUUUGUAGUGCUAGAUUGCAUUUAAAUACAGGUAACUAAACCUGCCUUGUAAAGAAAAAGGAGUGUCUGAGAAAAGGGCUUGAUUCACAACAACAGAUAAUCAAAAGGGGGAAGGUCCCUGCAUUUGGAAACUUUGUUUUUCAUAACAAGUAGACACGUGUUCCAAAAGUUUUUAAUAUCUUCUUUUGCUGUAUCAGUUUCUAAAUUAAUCAUUCUUCACUGACCAGUUCAUCAUAAUUUUCAUUCUUUCUUAUUACCAAGAAAUAAAAUUCUCUAAACUUCACCA